CCGUUCGUUUUGGUGGCGCCCACGCGGUUUCGCCGACCCCCGAUUCCCACCGCCUCUUCCAGGAAGCUUUCCCCUUCCCUUCCCACCGCCUAUAUCUAUCCGCCCCAUUCUUACCUUCGCACCGGUACUCCCUCUUCUACUGCGAUCCAUUGCGAUCUCCUCUUCUACUGCGAUCCGUUUCGAUCCAUUCCUUAGCAGCUACUGCGACUACUCGAAGAAGAUAUGGAAGGGCAGAACAAUUACGGCGGCAGUUACAGGGAUCAGGCGUCGUUCUGGCAGUUCAGCGAUCAGCUCCGGCUGCAGACCUCCGGUCUCUCGGAUCUCUCUAUUGGCGACAGCAUCUGGAGCGACUGCUACGUCAAGCAGCAGCCGCUGCCGGCCUCCACCGAUCUCAACGGCGGCGGAUCCUUCGCAGGGUGGAAAAGCGCUUUUGGUUCGCAGAAGCUCGCCUUCGGCACCAGCAACUACGGGGUCAACCGGUACAACAACGCCGACAGUAACAGGAUCGGCGAGAGCGGCGGUGUUAAGAGUUCCAGUUACUUCGGCGGUAACUACAACGACGGCGGCAAUGGGGUCAUCAAGGAUUACUUCAACACGGCCGUCAAUAAGCCCAUCAACAAGCCGGUGAUUGGGAAUGGGAAGAAGAGUAACAGCAACGAUGGGGGAAGCGGAAAGAAGAAGAAAAACGUCAAUUAUAACAACAAUAACAGCAACAACAACAAGAACAAUAACGAUAAGGAUGCGGCGGUGGACAAGAGAUUCAAGACGCUGCCGCCCUCCGAAGCUCUGCCGAGGAACGAGGCGAUCGGGGGAUACAUCUUUGUGUGCAACAACGACACCAUGGAGGAAAAUCUACGGAGGCAGCUUUUCGGGUUGCCAUCCAGAUACAGGGAUUCGGUGCGAGCAAUCACGCCGGGAUUACCCCUUUUCCUCUACAACUACUCCACCCAUCAGCUUCACGGGAUCUUUGAGUCAGCUAGCUUUGGAGGAACCAACAUCGAUCCGACGGCAUGGGAGGAUAAGAAAUGCCCUGGAGAGUCCCGGUUCCCUGCUCAGGUGAGAGUGGUGACAAGAAAGCUUUAUGAGCCACUAGAGGAGGAUUCCUUCAGGCCCAUACUCCACCACUACGAUGGUCCCAAAUUCCGGCUGGAGUUGAAUGUUGAAGAGGCACUAAAACUCCUCGACAUAUUCGCCGAGAAGAAUGCUUGAUGAAGGUGCAAUUUGAGCAUGUCUGUCUCUUUUACAACCCACCAGAAGUUGGGUAGAGUGGAUCGCGAACAAGAUAUAUAUUUAUAUAUAAAUAUGUAUACAUUUGUGGUAGUGUGUUUCUGGAUGAAUAAGUCUAGGUUAUGUACUGGUAUGAUAUGUAUGUGAAACAGGACAUGGAGUGUAAGAAACACUCUGGUUUUGGUACUCAAAUACGGGGUUUCUUUCCUAUGGGUCUUUUGUGUACAUAGGCAAUAGAUGAUGCGAGUUGAUGAGGUUGUGGCUCAGUUUACGAUGUUUGGGGAUCAUAACAAUAACAGAUAUGUGGGCAAUGGACACUAUACUUGAUUC